AAGAAGGAGCAGUUGCUGAGGUGAGCACUUCCGUUCUGUUAUUUUCUUCCAAUUUCUCAGCUUUACUAUGAACUGCAUGGCAGGUUUCAUUCUGUGGACAGGACACUGAGAUUUCUGCAGGAUACAUCUAACUGAAGACAUGUCUUAGAGCUGCUUCUGCACCCAGAGAUCCAGUGCUGUUGCUGGUUAUAAACAGGCUGUGCUACCAGACAACUUCCCUACCUGUCCCAGACUAUAAGCUGCAGAUCUCCAACUACCGAAGAAAGAACUCUUUUCGUCAGGACUAAAACGAAAAAAGAAGAAACCAAUGAACAGACGUUUCUGGGAUUUGUACAGAUGGGAAUUUGGAAUAUGAGCUGCAACUUAAAAUGCAUAUCCUACUGAGUGCAGUCUAAGUAUUAAUGGAUUAUAUCAACUGAGGCCAUGUCCUAUCCAGUCCAAAGAUUGAUAUUGCAGUGGGAAUUAUCUGACCAGCCAAUAGGGACAUUCCAUGGGUCGCAUUUCUUGGAUUUCUUAGACAUGCGAAAAUUCAUCAAGGCACUCAAGCACUGAUGAAGAUUUUAUAUUGAUGAUCCUUUUGGGACCAGAGAAAUGACCAGUAACAAGGGUCAGCGUCUGGUAAUCUUCAUGGCAGUCUUCGCUCUGACAACACUGGUGAUCCUUUACAGUUCAACUAGUGGUAACUCUUCCGUCCACUACAGCUCAAGAGACAUCACAAAGCUCAGUUUACCAUUAAUCAGUCGCGUGUCCAAUCUGAAAAAGUGGGGAAUGGAAAAUGGAUAUCAUUCUGUCUCGGCAAACAAAUCUCUGAACCUCCACUGCCAAACCUGUGCCCUUGUGAGCAGUUCCAGCCACCUUUUAAACAGCAGCCUUGGACCAGAGAUUGAUGGGUCAGAGUGCAUCAUACGGAUGAAUGAUGCCCCAACUACAGGAUUUCAGAAGGAUGUAGGAAACAGGACAACUGUCCGUGUUGUUGCCCAUUCCAGCAUCUAUAGGGUACUAAAUAGGCCCCAGGAAUUUCUCAAUAAAUCUCCAGAUGCCACACUUAUCUUCUGGGGUCCCCCCAACAAGAUGAUGAAAGAAAAGAAAGGGACAAUUUACCGGAUAAUCCAGAGAGUAAGCCAGGCUUUCCCCAACCUGACUGCUCUUAUUGUAUCUCCAGCAAAAAUGCAUCAUUUUGAUGAACUGUUCCACCGGGAAACUGGGAGAGACAGACAGAAGUCCCAUUCUUGGCUUAGUACUGGCUGGUUUACCAUGGUGAUUGCUGUGGAGAUAUGUGACAAGAUAAUGGUUUACGGUAUGGUCCCACCUUCGUAUUGCAGCCAGAAACCUCGUCCCAAAAAGAUGCCAUAUCACUACUAUGAGCCAAAGGGUCCAGAUGAGUGUACAACCUACAUCCAGAAUGAGAAGGGGCGAAGGGGGAAUCAUCACCGCUUUAUCACAGAAAAGUAUGUCUUUGCACGUUGGGCCAAGCUCUAUAAUAUAACAUUCUUCCAGCCACAUUGGUGAUAAGUUUUGAGACUCUGGAAAUAUAAAUGCCAGCUUUCACAUUCAUGGUGCAAAGAAGGCUUCUUGAAAUGAACUGGAAUGGAGGCAAAUUUUAACUUAAGUGCACUGGAGAAAUUCUGUCUGUAAUUUCCUUGGGAAUUGUUUUUCCUCUAGAAGUUCCAUCUGUUGGUUUUUGUUACUCAUCUACUAAUCUUAAACUUUCCUGAAGACAAGUUGCUUUAGAUCUCUUGUAAUAUCAACUGUCUAAUCACCCAAUAAUGGUCAUAAACUGGUUUUGCCUCCCUUUGUUAUACCUUUUGAGAAAGAUGUAGGCAAAAUCCAAAAUUAUUUUCAAUAAUAAUACUAUUUAGAAAAAUACAGCUUAUACUGCAAUACAAAUGAUGUUUUAAUAUUAAUUUUGCUCAUGAACCACUUUUAAGCAAAAGACAACUACAGCCACUUAAGAGAUCUUUAUUGCAAUGUUGUGAGACCUUUGAGUUAGUUGUAUUAGCUUAUAGGAUAUAAGAGGUAAAGCCCCAAGCAUGAUGCAUAUAUAGGACACUUGCCUUAUGCAGGGCAGGGUAUCACCGAUUACUGGAUUGCUUACAUGUCAGUGGUUAAGUAUACUUCAUGUACAAGUGAUUCACAGGUGUAUACUAUACUUCCUGUAUCUCAUAUCAGUUAUUUCGUACUGUUAAUAUGCAUUAUAAUUGACCUGUUAAAGUCAUGAUUGCUAGAUGACCUCGUCUGGCACAGCAGAUUGUAUCAUCAGAUCAGUGGGGAGCUAUACAGACAGAUUAACAAGGUGAACACUAAUGGAAAUACAGUUUCAGUAGGAUUUUUACUCUUUAGUGGAUGCCUUCACUGAAUGCUCACACACGUGCACACUCGCACAAAUCACGUGCACACUCACAAUAACAUGCCGGUAAGGAUCAUGUUAUAAGGUCUUUUGUAAUAACAUAGUUACAAAUAUUUUUUAAAAAAGUACAAUUCACUAUGUUACUUAGACAAAUGAGUAAGUGACACAUGCCUUCUACACCAGCAGUGUCACAAUUGUAUAAAUGUCAGUACAUUUCAUGAAGAUAAUGGUGAUGUAACUGACUUAUCAGUGAUCACCUAAUGCCACUGUACACUGAUUUGGGGACAUUUCCCCUUCUCUUUUGUUGUGCAACCAUAAAUUAGUCUGGAAUAUAUAAGAGGGGUGUAAAGGAGGGGUGAAAUCUCCCAUAAGAGAGGGAAAGGACAGCUUACCUUCCUGCAAGAACUCAUGCUGAUUGUUGCAUACUUGUACAGUGAGAGUGCGUGCUGUAUGUAUGAUCAGCCAGGAGCAGUAUGCACUGUUUUGUCAGAUGUCUACUGUCAGCAAUGCUGAGUGCAAUCAUGAAGUUGUUGUAUGUAAGUAAAGGCUUGUCAGUGCCUUUAUAUUCAGUACUAACAUUAUCCCUGUUCAUGACUUUUUUACUUAGCAAUCCACUUAUGCUGUGCUGAUAAGGUCAACAAAAAGGCAAAAACUUUCAUGUCAUGUCCACUGCUUGUGGGAGUUGCACAUUACUGGCCUGAAUGCAACCAUAAAGACUGAAAAAGUAACAAAAUAAAUAAAUUACAAAAAAUGGACAUUCAGAAGCCAUGUAGCGGAAACAUCCAAUGUCCUUAAGGGGUCAUUUGCAUAUAUCCCAUGGGCUUCCAUUACAGGAGAUUUAAAGUAUCUCACACACACACACAUACAUACAUACAUACAUAUUAGAUAAACAUACACAUUGCUAGUAGGUGUAAAAACUGGAAUCACCACGUUUUUCACCUUUUUAGUAUGAUACUACCUUAAGUUUUCUCCGAGUUGUCAGCAGCCCUUUUAAACAAAAGGAGUGAGCUAACAAGUCAUGAAUUGAAAUAAUGUUGCCAUCUGUGGUUCUCUACUGACAAGUUUUCUUACCAUAACCUUAUUUAAUCUGUGAAUCUGACACCUGAUUUACAUAAUAUUUCUAGAAUAAAAAAAACAAUUAUGUGGCAUUUUAAUUAGCAUCUAUAUAUUCACAGAGGCUCACUAAACUGCAUUGGCUUUGUUUGACUACAGCACUGACAUUGACUAUUGCUGCGAAUUUUGAAUUUCAAGGCGUGUUCCUAUUUUUUUGGCAAUAAGUACAAAUCUGUGUUGUGACCAGCUAAUAAAAAAGAAGAGGAAUCAAUGAGGCCAGCCGAACCCAACCCAAAUGUUAAUGACUGUGUUCUGUAUAAAGAGCGUUUACCAUUUUUUUUUUUAGAUUGGAAGUUCCAAUUUCCUCCUCUGGUAUCAGGAAUGCACAGUAAUUAUGAACCUUGUCAUUUCAAUGAACCCACUAGCACUGAUUACAAAACAAUAACAACCAAUUCUAUUAAAUGCACACCCUUUUUUGGAUUUUUUUUUAUUACAUGCUGUUGGAAUCUGUGCUUAGAUUUGCUUUUUAUUUUCAAUUUCUUUUUAAUAAAUUGUUUCAAUGUCA